AUGCUGCAGAAGCUAGAUAGCCUCGACGACAUCGACCCAGCUCCGGCGGCUGCGUCAUCACCACCGCCGGCGUCACCGGCAAAGACGGCGUCGAGCUGCACGCCGGAGACACUACGGGGAACUCACGUGUUCACCGUGCACGGAUACAGCUCCCUGCAAGGGGUCGACGACGCUGCCAGCAGAGGGAGAUUCAUCCGCUCUGCUGCCUUCGACGUCGGAGGAUUCGACUGGUGUCUUCGGUACUACCACAAUGGGAGCAACGGCGCUGAUGAUGGCUAUGUCUCCAUCUUCCUUGAGCUCAUCACGAUUGACGCCGAGGCGAAAACCUUCUUCGACAUCCGAAUCUUGGAUCAGUACACCGACUCGUCAUUUAUUCUAGUCGCGACAAGAAACAAUAGUGCUAGGAGAGUGUUUGGUACAAGUAAUUUCGACACCGAUCGUCCGACAUGGGGAAGCAAGAACUUCAUGAGGAGGAGUGAGAUAGAGGAAUCAGUUUAUCUGCGCCAUGACCGCAUUAUGAUCGAGUGCAACCUAACUAUUAUCAAGACACCGCUGGUGAAGACGGAGGAUGAAGCCACCAUGGCAGGCAGCAUCGUUCGCUUGCAAAUGCCUUCGACAAACUUGUCCAAAGACCUUGGCAGGUUGUUGGAGACCAAGGUCGGAGCCGAUGUGAGCUUCGACGUUGGAGGAGAGAUUUUCGCCGCUCAUAGGGCGGUGCUAAUGGCACGAUCGCCGGUCUUUAGGGCGGCACUCUAUGGACCAAUGAGGAAGAAGACAGAACAACAUAUAGUCAUCCAAGAUAUGCAACCUAUUGUAUUCAAGGCUCUGCUUCAUUUCAUGUACACAGGGUUCAUCCUUCCGGUUACUGAUCAUGAUCUCGAUACAGAUGAGAUGUUGGAGUUGACCAAGCACCUGCUCGUAGCUGCAGAUCGUUAUGGUGUCCAAGGAUUGAAAACCAUUUGCGAGAACACGCUGUGCAUCAGCAUUAGUGUUGACAAUGUGGCGACAAUCGUUGCCCUAGCUGAUCAGUACAAUUGUGGAAGAUUGAAAGAUGUUUGUCUCAAUUUUAUAGCUUCAUCAGACAGGUUGGAUGAUGUGUUGGCAACCGACGGGUAUGAAAGCCUCAAAACAUCUUACCCUUCUGUCUUGGUAGAUAUCUUUGAGAGGGCAACUAAAUCUCGCAAAAUUAAUUAG